GGAGGGGAGGAAGAAAGGCGAAGGCUGAGGGGUGGAGAGAGAUGGAGAGCGCGAGGAACGGGGGGAGAGAGGACGAUCGCACCCGGUGUCCGCAACCCCGGUGCCUAGAGCGUGUCCUCCCGGAGAGCAGAGGCUGUGUCUACGGCCAGCUGGGGUUAUAGAAGCUGAGCCUGUGAAUUCCAAGGGCUUGGACAGCCCUUCGUGUAUUCUCGGGAAGGCUGGAAACACCUGUGAGUGGGGGUCUGCGGAAAGGAAGAGGAAAAGAUCCUUUGUGCAACCGCUGCAGGGCUUUGGCUGGGCCAGAGCUUGGGCCUCUCCUUCUGAUGAAAAGAGAAAGGAAGAAUGGACUAUAGUCACCAAACUUCCCUGGUCCCCUGUGGACAAGAUAAAUACAUUUCCAAGAAUGAACUUCUCUUGCAUCUGAAGACCUAUAACUUAUACUAUGAAGGCCAGAAUUUGCAGCUCCGGCACCGAGAGGAAGAAGAUGAGUUCAUUGUGGAGGGACUGCUGAACAUCUCCUGGGGCCUGCGCCGGCCCAUUCGUCUGCAGAUGCAGGAUGACAAUGAGCGCAUCCGUCCCCCUCCAUCCUCUUCCUCCUGGCACUCGGGCUGUAACUUGGGGGCCCAGAGCACCAUCCUGAAGCCCCUCACCGCGCCCAGCAUUCAGAUCUCAGAGGUGGAUGCACCGCCCGAGAGUGACCAGACGCUGAGUCCCGCAGAUGCCAGGGGUCUGAAGCCCCUGCAGGAAGACACCCCACAGCUGAUGCGCACACGCAGUGAUGUUGGGGUGCGUCGCCGGGGCAACGUGAGGACUCCCAGUGAUCAGCGGAAAAUCAGACGCCACCGCUUCUCCAUCAACGGCCAUUACUACAACCAUAAGACAUCGGUGUUCACGCCGGCCUAUGGCUCCGUCACCAACGUCCGCAUCAACAGCACCAUGACCACCCCGCAGGUCCUGAAGCUGCUACUCAACAAAUUUAAGAUUGAGAAUUCAGCGGAGGAGUUUGCUUUGUACGUGGUCCAUACCAGUGGUGAGAAACAGAAGCUGAAGACCACCGAUUAUCCCCUGAUUGCCCGAAUUCUCCAGGGCCCAUGUGAGCAGGUCUCCAAAGUGUUCCUUAUGGAGAAGGACCAGGUGGAGGAAGUCACCUAUGACGUGGCCCAGUAUAUAAAGUUUGAGAUGCCUGUUCUUAAAAGCUUCAUUCAGAAGCUCCAAGAGGAAGAAGAUCGGGAAGUAAAGAAGCUGAUGCGCAAGUACACCGUGCUGCGGCUGAUGAUUCGGCAGAGGCUGGAGGAGAUAGCAGAGACCCCCGCAACAAUCUGAGCCAUAGGAGUGAGGGGAUCCAGACACCCCAGGAGCCACCAUUGACAUGAGCAGACCCACAGGAGGCCGGGUGCCUCUUUCCAUGGAAACGUUUAAAUGCAAACCUCUCCAGCUCCGGACAAGCCACCAUUUGCUACCUGGCGCAGGAUGAAGACGUCAGCAGACAGCUCCUUGUCCCUGAAUCCCUGCUCUCCUUUCAUUCACUCACAAGGACUUUUGAUUUAAAGAGGACCCCAAA